AUGGCGCGACCGAUUGAAGCUGUGAAGGACAUCAACGACUCAAAGGAUUUGUGGAAGAUUGUUGUUCGGUGUAAACAUAUGUGGACUAUGACAAGUUCCUCCAAUAAACAACACUCGGAGCUCAUUUUGCUUGAUUCAAAUCUGGAUAUGAUUCAAGCCAUUGUCCCACCGCAUUUGGUGUCAAAAUACUUGGCUGAACUUGCUAUUGGAGGGUCAUACAUCAUGCAAAAUUUCAAGGUCUCAAAUAAUGAUUUCUCAUUCAAAUCAAGUACUCAUAGUUUCAAGUUGGUCUUUUGUGGUUCAACUUAUAUUAGGAAAGCAAAAUUACUGGACAUUCCUGUGAAUUAUUUAAACAUUAUUGGGUUGGACACCAUUGUUGAUGGAAAGUUUCAGUCUAAUUUGUUGGUUGACAUUGUUGGAGGAGUUACUGAGAUUGUGCAGACUCAAAUCAAUGCUGAUAAUAGAAAAAGCAAGGCUGUGUUUAUAAUAACUGAUAUGAGCAAAUCUUUGGUUCAGUGUACUCUAUGGGGACAACUAGCUUUGCAAUUUUAUGAAUAUUACAAGACUCAUAAUGAAGAAGGAAAUGUUGUUGUUCUAUUGCAGAAUGCAAGGAUAAAGGGCGCCCAAGGAAGUUAUUCUGAAUUUGAUAAGUUUAUAUGGAAGGCCGAAAUUCUUAGUGAGGCUGAAAUCUCAAGUCUUCAACAUGAGACAACCUGUGUGACCGUUGCGAAGUUGGAAAAAUUUGAGGCUGGCCAGGCGGGGUGGUAUUACGAUGGCUGUGGUGUCUGUACAACAAGUGUGUCUCUGAAGGAUGGAAAUUUGAAGUGUUAUGCUAAUCAUAUAACGAAUGAAACAGUACCAAGAUACAAGCUUGAGAUUUUGGAAGGUGAAGACAAUCCUUGGGAAUUCCCAUUUGAACUUGAUGCUAUAUUGAAAAAGGAAUUGGCUAUUAGAGCUGUUUUUCAGCCAAAGUUUGAAAGACUCUCCGUAGCAUCGAAGCUUGGCGUAUCAGAGCCUUGCUCGCAAGAGGAUUUUAGGAGUUUUUCUGAACCAUUGUCCGCAUCUGCAGAUUAUGACCCUUCUGUUGUGAAUUCGUGGCUGACACCGUCGAAGAGAACAAUAACCGACGUAGUAUAA